GGGAAAUUUUUCUUUCUGCAAACAACUGAAAAACUCUCCUUGGAAACUACUUCUUUGGCCCUCAUGGAGCCACUGGACCUUGGACCACGAGGCCCUUGAUGGGACAAGCUCUCACCCCUGACCACCCAGAGGGCUUGUCACCAUGGCCAGCAAGAGGAAGUCCACCACUCCUUGCAUGAUCCCGGUGAAGACCGUUGUGCUGCAGGAGGCCAGUGCCGAGAGCCAGCCUGCUGAGGCUUUGCCCGAAGGACCCCAGCAAGAUCUGCCCCCAGACGCCCCUGCGGCCAGCAGCGAGGCAGCCCGGAGCUGUCGCAGCUCUGACGGCACAGGACUGGCCAACGGGCAUCGGAGCACUUUGGCUGGCUACUCCUACUCCUGUAAAUACUGUGACUUCAGGUCCCAGGACAUGACUCCGUUUGUGGGACAUAUGAACUCAGAGCACACGGACUUUAAUAAAGACCCAACUUUUGUAUGCACUGAAUGCAGUUUCCUGGCAAAAACCCCUGAGGGACUUUCUCUGCACAAUGCCAAGAGUCACUCAGGGGAAGCCAGCUUUGUGUGGAGUGUAGCCAAGGUAGACAAUCAUGUAGUCGUGGAGCAGAGUGUCCCUGAGAGCACCGGCACUGCUGAGCAGCAGGCUGAGCCAGAUGCCGAAGGGACUGAUGGACAGGCCGAGAUCAUCAUCACCAAAACCCCAAUCAUGAAGAUAAUGAAAGGCAAAGCUGAAGCCAAGAAAAUCCAUACGCUCAAGGAGAACGUCCCCAGUCAGCCAGCGGGGGAGGCCUUCCCAAACUCAUCCGCCGCUGAAGCGGAGGUGAAAGAGGGGGGCCACUCCUUUGUCAAUGGGGGGAUCCCAGUCAGCCAGGCCCCUCCCAGCUCCGCAAAACCCCCCCAUGCCUCCAAUGGGCCUCUGAUAGGAACAGUGCCAGUCUUGCCGGCUGGCAUAGCGCAGUUCCUCCCCCUCCAGCAGCAGCCCCCCGUGCAUGCCCAGCACACCCACCAGCCACUGCCCACCUCCAAGUCCCUGCCCAAGGUGAUGAUCCCCCUGAGCAGCAUUCCCACGUACAAUGCGGCCAUGGACUCCAACAGCUUUCUGAAGAACUCUUUCCACAAGUUCCCCUACCCAACCAAAGCCGAGCUCUGUUACUUGACGGUAGUCACCAAGUAUCCAGAAGAGCAGCUCAAGAUCUGGUUCACAGCCCAGAGGCUGAAGCAGGGUAUCAGCUGGUCCCCUGAGGAGAUCGAGGAUGCCCGGAAAAAGAUGUUCAACACCGUCAUUCAGUCUGUCCCUCAGCCCACAAUCACCGUCCUGAAUACUCCCCUGGUUGCCAGUGCUGGCAAUGUCCAGCAUCUCAUCCAGGCUGCUUUGCCAGGCCAUGUUGUAGGACAGCCAGAGGGCACGGCAGGGGGACUGCUGGUCACUCAGCCUCUCAUGGCCAAUGGGUUGCAGGCGCCAAGCGCAUCUCUUCCCCUCACAGUUACAUCUGCCCCCAAGCAGCCAGCUGUCGCACCCAUUAACACUGUGUGCUCAAAUGCCGCGUCAGCUGUGAAGGUGGUCAAUGCGGCCCAGUCUCUCCUGACCGCCUGCCCCAGCAUAACUUCCCAAGCCUUCCUGGAUGCCAGCAUCUAUAAAAAUAAGAAAUCUCACGAGCAGCUGUCAGCCCUGAAAGGUAGCUUCUGUCGGAACCAGUUCCCGGGACAGAGUGAGGUCGAACACCUGACCAAAGUGACUGGCCUCAGCACCAGAGAGGUGCGGAAGUGGUUCAGCGACCGGCGAUACCACUGCCGGAACCUGAAGGGCUCCAGAGCCAUGCUGCCCGGAGAGCACGGCUCCCUCGUCAUCGACGCCUUGCCGGAGGCGCCCUUCCCGCCGUCAGCCAAGGCUCCCGAGGUGACCUGCAUCCCCGUGGCAGCCACCCUGGCCACCCACCCCUCCGCCAAACGACAGUCCUGGCACCAGACCCCCGACUUCGCGCCAACCAGAUACAAGGAGCGAGCCCCUGAACAGCUCAGGGCCUUGGAGGACAGCUUCGCUCAAAACCCCCUUCCUCUUGACGAGGAGCUGGACCGUCUGCGGAGUGAGACUAAGAUGACUCGAAGAGAGAUUGACAGCUGGUUUUCGGAGAGGCGGAAGAGGGCGAGUACCGAGGAGACCCAGAAGACCGGCGAGAGUGCCUCUCAGGAGGAAGAGGAGGCCGCCGAGGGCGAGGGUGGAGACGAGAAUCCGGCCAGUGGCCAGCGGGUCCCUGGUGAAAGCUGCUCCCCAGGAGCAUCCGGCAGCCACAGCUUGGCAGAGCGCAAAGUCAGCCCCAUCAAAAUCAACCUCAAGAACCUGCGGGUCACCGAGGCCGAGGGCAGGGGCGAGCUGCUGGGGCUGGGCACCUGUGAGCCCGAAGAGGACGGGGCCGGCAGGUCGGCGGAGCAGCCCCCAGGCAGAGCCAGCCUCAGGAAGACUGCCCAGCAGCGGCACCUGCUGCGGCAGCUCUUCGUCCAGACGCAGUGGCCCAGCAACCAGGACUAUGAUGCCAUCAUGGCCCAGACAGGCCUGCCGCGGCCAGAGGUGGUGCGCUGGUUUGGGGACAGCAGGUACGCCCUGAAGAACGGCCAGCUCAAGUGGUACGAGGACUACAAGCGGGGCAGCUUCCCACCGGGGCUGCUGGCCACUGCCCCUGGCGGCCGGGAACUGCUGCAGGACUACUACGCGACGCACAAGACGCUGCCCGAGGGCGACCUGCAGGCGCCCUGCGACAGGACCCAGACGAGCUCCCAGCAGGGCAAGCAGCGGUGUGCCGAGAAAACGGGCGAGGAGACACGCGCCGUGGCAGACACGGGCAGUGAGGACCAGGGCCCCGGCGCUGGCGACCUGGCGGCAGUUCACAGAGCGGGGAUGAGUGACACCUAUUCCGAAGUGUCUGAGAACAGUGAGUCAUGGGAGCCCGGAGCCCCUGAGGCCGCCUCAGAGCCCUUUGACACCCCGAGUCCCCAGGCUGGACUUGAGCUGGAAACAGACUGAAUUUGAGCCGGUCGCUGUGAAGGCCUGGGCAGUCCAAGAUGCCACCUGCCGCGUGGAAGGGGCCAGCCCAACUCUGCCGCCGCCUGCCGCGCCU